UCUACGGAUGAAAGCCUUCAAUUACUGGUCGGACAGAAAUAUUUUGGGUCCGAAACCGAUACCAAUAUUUGGUAACUUUUUGUCCUUUUUCUUCAAAGCUUUGCCACAUUUGGAGUUAGAGUGGUAUCACAGAUACGGCCAACUCUACGGUACAUUCGGUGGCAAUAAACCGGAGCUAAUAGUCUCAGAGCCGGCGCUCAUAAAACAAGUUCUGGUGAAAGACUUCCAUUCGAUGCGAAACCGACGAGACAUCGGAACCCGACAUAAAGUGUUCACAACUGUUAUGUUUUUGGCCAAAAACGACGACUGGAAGCGCAUCCGAGCCAUAGCUAGCACUGCGUUCACGGCAUCCAAAAUCAAACAAACCGUUUCACUCAUCCACGAGUGUUGCGACGACUUUAUGGCACAUUUGGACAAAAUGGCCGCCAAUGAGACACACAUUGAUCUGAAGCAGAAGACCAGCGCCUAUACGAUGGAUGUGAUCGCUCGGUGCGCCUUCGCCUUCAAGACCAACACCUAUGACGACCCAAACCAUAGGUUCACUACAACCGCCACAAACAUAUUUAUGAUGGCCUACUGGAAGAUCAUAGCUAUGGUCUUAUUACCCACUCGUAUCACUAACAUUCAGGCCAUCCGAUGGUUAAUCAACAAAUCAAAAGAUCUAGAUUUUAUCAUAACGUUUGCCCGAAAUAUGAUCCAAAACCGACGGAACGGAACCGAACGGUACGGAGACUUUUUGCAGCUCUUUCUGGACGUCGAGCGCACCGACGAUCAGACCUCAGCCCCGGAGACCAUAGACGGCAACGAAGCGCACCAUUUGGCCGAAGGAAAGGACGAACGCCAGGCCCACACCCGAGCGCUGGCCAACGUGUCUGAGCGCAAACUGACCGAAGACGAGAUUGUGGGCCAGUGUUUCCAGUUCUUCACCGCCGGCUUCGAGACCACAGCCAACACUCUGGCCUAUUGUAUGUAUGAGUUGGCACUCAAUCCCGCACUUCAGGUCCGACUGCGCGACGAGACCCGUGCGGUCAUCGAUGGCCAGUCGGGUGAAGUCGAUUGCGACCGACUCUCGCGACUGCCGUUCAUUGACGCACUCAUAUCGGAAACACUGCGCAAAUACCCGCCACUCCUUAGACUGGACAGAGAGGUCACACAACCCGUACAGUUGGGCGACACCGGGUUUACGGUGGAGAAGGGAGUGCUCAUACAAAUACCCUUAUACUCCAUACAUCACAAUCAGGACUAUUACCCGCAACCGUUUACGUUUAACCCUGAUAGAUUUAUGCCCGAGAAUAAGCAUUUGCUGAUACCCUAUACGUACCUACCCUUUGGCGCCGGCCCUCGCAAUUGCAUUGGUAUGCGGUUUGGGUUAUUGGAGCUGAAACUUGUGUUAACAAAGAUGUGCCAACGCUUUCAGAUUAAUCGUUUGCCGGCCACCGAUGUUCCCGUCCGCUUCCUUAAGGGCCGACACGUACUUCUAUGCGAACCCAUUAUAGUAUCCGUCACUAGACUAACAUUGUUGGAGUACAACUGCCAGUUUCCU